UUACGACAAUAUAUUCAAAAUGGCGGCGCCCAUGUUGUUGUCUGCUGUCAUGUCGAGAAAAUACUUCUGUGGAGUUAUUUUAGUGUUAUUGUGUUUGAACGCAGUGAAAUCACAAACAGAAGAAUUAACAGACAGUACAAACACUGACAAAAAAGACAGUGAAGAUCUCUCUAAUAAAGGAGAUGUCAAACUGGAAAGUGUAUUUGAAUCAGUAGUUAAAAAAAACCAAGACGUACAGGAUAGUACAGGCACUAAUGAUAAUAGCCAAUCAGAAACAAAGACACAAACUGAUCAACCAAUCGAUGAAGAGGAUUCAAGUGAAGAUGGAGAAAGUAAGCUUUUCUCUUUAACUAGUGUAAUCAAAACACUUCUUAACCCAGUCAUCGGGGAGUUCCAGGUGGGGAGUGAGGAGGAGACAGAGAAGGAACCUCUGCCUGAGGUUGUGGAAACAGUCACUCCGAACGUCACGGUGGAAGCUACCAAUGUGACUGCCAGUGAUAACAGCUCAGCAAAGAAUGAAACGGACAGCAGUAAAAAGUACAAGUUCCAGUGUAUUGGGAGGAAUGUAACAGAGAACACCACACUGGAAGUGAGACUUGUGAACAGUUCCACGUUACUGGAGGUGCUAAGUUUUGACAAGAAUCGGACGACUGGUGACUGUGUUCUUGUCAUGUUUUAUGCCCCCUGGUGUCAGUUUUGUGCGAAGACAGCACCGCACUACAACGCUCUGGCAAGAGCCUAUCCUCAACUGGAGGUCCUAGCAGUGGAUGCUGUCCACUUCAGCAACCUGAACGCCAGGUUCGGUACAGUAGCAGUGCCGAAUGUGAUGCUGUUCCACCAGUCGCGAUCAGCUGUCCGAUUCAACCACACAGAGAGAGUGUUCCAUUCAUUCAUCCAGUUCAUUAAAAAUGUCACAGGCCUGGAGCCCAACACGACUGUGAAUGUGACAGAGGGGGACUUCCAGGGCCCUCUACCCAGUGUCCCCACAGAGGACCCCGACUAUCUGCUGUGGAUGGCGUGGGUGUUUGUCCUCAUCUGCAGCAGCUACAUCUUCGUCAACAGUCAGUACGGCCAACAGUCCAUCAACAGAGUGCGAGUGCUGUGGCAGGAACAUCAGCACAUAGAGUGAUGGCUGCCGCAGAGCGGGGUACAUCAGGGUGGGAUGAGAGUGACAGCCUCUAGGGCAUGUACAUCAGUUGAAUGAGUGGCAAAGUAACUAGUCUGUGUACAGGGGUUGAAUAAGUGUGACAGCCUCCAUGGUUGGUGCACAUCGGUUGAAUGAGAGUGACAGCCUCCAUGGGCAUGUACAUCGGUUGAAUGAGAGUGACAGCCUCCAUGGGCAUGUACAUCGGUUGAAUGAGAGUGACAGCCUCCAUGGGCAUGUACAUUGGUUGAAUGAGAGUGACAGCCUCCAUGGGCAUGUACAUCGGUUGAAUGAGAGUGACAGCCUCCAUGGGCAUGUACAUCGGUUGAAUGAGAGUGACGGCCUCUAGGGCGUGUACAUCGGUUGAAUGAGAGUGACAGCUUCCAUGGGCAUGUACAUCGGUUGAAUGAGAGUGACAGCCUCCAUGGGCAUGUACAUCGGUUGAAUGAGAGUGGCGGCCUCUUGGGCAUGUACAUCGGUUGAAUGAGAGUGACAUCUUCCAUGGGCAUGUACAUCGGUUGAAUGAGAGUGACGGUCUCCAUGGUUGGUGUACAUCGGUUGAAUGAGAGUGACGGCUUCUAGGGCAUGUACAUCGGUUGAAUGAGUGUGACAGCCUCCAUGGGCGUGUACAUCGGUUGAAUGAGAGUGACGGCCUCAAGGGAGUGUACAUCGGUUGAAUGAGUGUGACGGUCUCCAUAAUUGGUGUACAUCGGUUGAAUGAAUGUGACGGCCUCCAUGGGCGUGUACAUCGGUUGAAUGAGUGUGACAGCCUCCAUGGGCGUGUACAUCGGUUGAAUGAGUGUGACAGCCUCUAGGGCGUGUACAUCGGUUAAAUGAGAGUGACAGCCUCAAGGGCGUGUACAUCGGUUGAAUGAGUGUGAGCGUCAUCAUCAGUCCAUACAAUACCAUUUUACUUCUGACACCCAGAUGGAAUGUUCUUAGAAUCAAAGCCAAAUGUUAUAGCUCACCUAUAUAGCUUAUAGCGUACUUGAGGAAUGGCUCAUCUAUCUGUCAAAUCUGUUUUCUUAAGAACCAUUUACUAACUGAUAAACAGCUUCAUGAUUUUAAGUCACUAAACAUCGGUAUCUGGAGUUAUUAUAUUUAUAUUUUUAAGUUGGCCAGUGGGCAAUAUUUAAUUAAGAUUUUAUUUAGCUGAUUUAACAUUGUUUUCUUUUGUUUGUUUUUCUUGUUAUGAACAUGAUGAUUAAUGAUGAUGUAAAUAAUUCCUUGAACACAGGGUACAUUGUGAAUUGUGUCCUUUGUAAAGUACUUUCACUGCCAGCUGUACCUCCAAUGAUUGAAAGCCAGACAUUGAUGUGUCCCAGAUCCACAAUACAAUUGGUUGGUGCUACUAGAUGGACAGGGGUGAGGAAUGGGGCAGGUCCCUGUAUGGCUGAUCUGUUGGGUCAGAUAAAGGUAGUGUACAUAAUGUGUCACCUUUUCCACCCCUGGAUCAUGUUGAAUGGAUUCUUCCUAUUUGCUUCUAAUCAGGACAGUGGUUGGGGUACACAUCAGUAUAGCAUGUUAGGCAGCAAUGAUAGCUUUUUGUUAGGAUGGACCUUAGUUUAGUUUUUUGAGUUUUCGUGCUUGUUGUGAUUUUUUUGUCAAGAGCUGUGCCCCUUUUCGCAAAACGAUCUCAACGCUACAACAAUUGUAAGCCAAUGUUAAAGUAUAGGACUUACGAUCACCUUAGCGUUACUAUCGCUUUGGGGAACUGGGCCCUCCUUGGUAAAUCCUGACAACAUAUUUUUAUUUUCCUUCCUGAAUCUCGAUCUACCUUGCAUAUAGCUCAUGAAAUGGUGUAGAACCAUGAAAGAAUGGCCUUUUGUUAUACUGCCUCCAUAGUGUAGUAGAUAGAAUGUCAGCCUGGAGAGCAGAAGGUCGGGGUUCGAUUCUAGUCACCUCAUACCAAAAGACAUUAAAAGAAGGUACUUGUUCUUAGUCUGCCUGUGCUCGGCAUUAAGAGGCUCAAACAAGGA